AUGAACGAGCUUCUCAGCCUGCGCGAUCAUGGGCGUGUCAUUAGUCGUUCUGACGGUCCGUCGUUUCGUGUGACCUGGAGUGAGGAUGGGCAGGUCGUUUCCUGGGACAACGCGCAGCUGUCUAUGGCACAAUUCCGGCAGAUUAGCCACGAUAACCUGCUAGCCGCGUCGCCUUUGUGCAAACAACUAAUGUAUGGCUGGAGUCCGCUAUUCGAUUUGAGUUGCAUACACGAUAAUCUCGCUUGCACUACUGCCGGCUAUUCAUUCGUGACUGAUACGGCAAACGGCCUUGCGGAGUUGUACCUGGACUUAUCUCGCAGGGCUUCUCUUGACACUGUUAGCGGCUUGAUGACAGACAACGACUGGAAUCGCCAAGCCGUUCGUCAGUACUUGGACCAAUACUCCGAAAUGACUGAGUUGGUGAUGUUAUUGGCCUAUCUCCACUGCAAUGGUCCUUCCACCUCUCGUGGUAUAUGUGUGUACUCGCGUAAGAUGGCUCUGGUCUUUAGGCACGGUAAAUCCCGCCGGGCAACCAACCGCGAACUUAUCGUCGUUAGAUUUCUUUCAGAAGAGGCGGGCAGACUUAUGUACUAUUACCUUGUGUUCAUACGGCCCUUUGCAUGCAUGCUUUAUCGAGCUUGUCUAGGGAUGGACAUAGAUAGCACCUUGCUCUUUUCUUCGCCAAGUUCCCCAAGCAAACCAUUAAAGACGAGCUCACUCACGAAAAUACUCAUGCGCCAAACUACGCUUAUGCUAGGUAACCCACUAAGUGUCAAGAUAUAUCGGCAGGUAUCGAUCGCUAUUACAGAGAAACACGUUCGACAAAUCUCGAAACCUGUUAAUCAGCAUGACGAUCGGAGCACAGAAGCUGAUAUCAAUGUGGUAUUUGCAUGGCAAAGUGGGCAUCGACCGUUACAAAGAGGCACAACAUACGGCAUAGAUGGCGCAUUCCCAGACUCGCUCCAACCUGCGCUACUGCGAGUUUACGAAUGGGCGUCGAACGAGUGGCAUAAGUUCUUGCAGCUGCAACCUGCAACUGACAACACCCGUCCCGAGACAACAAAAGCUCAGAAGAGAUGCUCCCAAGAACCUCUGGCCAGGGUCCUUGCCUAUCUUUGGGCGCCCAAGUCCAUUUAA